CAUGCGCUGAGGUGGCAGGCUCUGGGCUGCUCCUGACGGGCUGGCUGGCUGCUGGGCUCCGGGCGGAUGUCUGUGUGCGUCAGACGGCGGUGGGGGAAAUCUACCAUCAACGCAUAGAGGAGACGCAGGGCGCUGAAGAGGAAAUCCAACUGACCCAAACCUAACGCUGGCAUCUGGAAAAGCACCGACUAGAAAAGGGAGACGAUCCUCCCACAUCCAGCCCCAAACCCGCCCUGCUUUUUUCCCUCUGGACCCCUUCGUGCCACCAUCCCUCUGGUCCGACCACCCCACAGCAAACCCCCGUCAGACCAGCGCUGCCAUUACGCGAUGCGCUCUGAAUCUGGGAAGAACUCCUCCCUGCGCUGCUGAUGCGCGACCGCAGCUCUUCAUUUCCACACCAUGGAUUGUGGUGUUUACUCUUCUUUUUGACAGGUUUCCAGCUGUAGCAUGACAUGCAAACAUCAGGCGGGAAUCCCAUAGAUCGGCUGUGAUUUCAACCACCGGCUGUCACAUAGCCGGAGCUGCGCUCUCCUCCAAGCUUCAAAACAACUCCGACAAUGGUCUUAGUACAGACCGCCUUACUAAACACUUAGUAAUAAUCCCAAAGACCCUGUCAGCGCAGCUGGAUAUUUCGGUUCCAUUGAAGAAAAACAAAAACAAUCAACUGACAAAGAGUUUGAUUUUUGGGAAGUUCUUGCUCAGAAGGGAGACGCCUUUUCCAUUGCGUUUUCACUGUUAAGUUGGGAGGUCAGCAGGUCGAAGCCAUGCUGUCGCUGGACGAGCCCCUGGACCUGAAACUCCCACGACGGGCUAACGGGAAGGACAGGGGAGCCCGCUCUCCUCUGCUCUCGCCGCUGCACGCCAAGCAGGUUCGCCAGCUGCAUAUGACAGAUGAUGGGACAGCAAUUAUAGAGCCCACUUCACCUGCAUCUCCUCACUCCGGUGUGCAGGUGGUCCCUCAUGACCGGACUGACACCCCGACCCCCCCUGCGGUGGACCUCAGCAUGUCUCCCUCCUCCCGACACACCCCCAGCUCUCCAGAAAUGAGCAACGGCAGUUACGCCCCCUCAGGCAAUUCUCACCUCUCGCAGGGGUUUCAGUUCUUUGUGCCAAUCGGUCCUGGAGCAGGCCUUCACCUGCCAUCCUCUAUGUUCAUUGGGCAAUCGAGCGACAAGCGGGCUUCUCCGGACCUUUCAGCAGAUGAACAACUGGCUUGUCGCUGGAAAAAGUGCCACCUGCUCUUUGACUCCCUACAAGACCUAGUGGACCACGUCAACGACUUCCAUGUGAAGCCUGAGAAGGAUUCUGGGUACUGCUGCCACUGGGAGGGCUGCGCUCGCAAAGGGAGGGGGUUUAAUGCCAGGUACAAAAUGCUCAUUCAUAUACGCACUCACACCAAUGAGAAGCCGCACCGCUGUCCCACCUGCAACAAGAGCUUCUCACGCCUGGAGAACCUCAAGAUUCACAACCGUUCACACACAGGUGAAAAACCCUACAUUUGUCCGUAUGAGGGCUGCAACAAGCGCUACUCCAACUCCAGCGACCGCUUCAAGCAUACACGCACACAUUAUGUAGACAAGCCCUACUACUGCAAGAUGGUAGGCUGCUUGAAGCGCUACACCGAUCCAAGCUCACUGCGAAAACACAUCAAAGCGCACGGCCACUUUGUAGCUCAGGAGCCGGGCUCCCAAGGAGGAGUGGGCUCUCUGCUGAGGGGAAGUCAGAGUGGAGGGCCUGCUGGAGUUGGCGCUAAGGAUUCAGAUUCGCCCUAUGUCAGUGGAGCUCACAUCAUCAUCCCAGGAGCAGCCGCUGCUCUUUUGGGGGGCCACGCCUUGCAGGGUGUCGGCGGUGCGCUUCCCUUGUCCCCUCUCAGUCCGAGACCCCUGGACCUCACCACAUUAGGGAGUCCCAAUUCCUCUCCAGUCAGCCUAGGAGGUACAUCUAUCUUGUCCUUUAACGGCUCCCCACUUGGCCUGGCCAAGGCUCCUUUACUCACCCAAGCCUUCCCUUCCUCGGCCCUUGGGCUGCCCAUGGUUCCGAUGUUGGGCCCCACUUCGGAGCGCAGGCAUCAGAGCCACCAGGCAAAGAGAGGGCGGGGAAAGGAAACAGAGGAUGAGGUGCCUGGGAGGGUCCUAAACCUCUCCACAGGUGGGUCUCAUGAUCCCCUGUCCUGGGUGGUCAUCCCCCCAGGCGCUGUGGUGCUCAAGCCAGCUGUGGUUAACUGAUACCCACACAAACACACACAUUCCAGAAGAGCUCAGGGGGUUGAUGCCAUAGCAGGGGUUUUGGGAUGUCAAAGGGGAUAGGGAUUGGCUAGAACAAUCAGUUCCAGGCAACGCAUUGGAGGUUGGAGGUUGGAGAAAGAAAUGUAUCAAAGCAAACGCAUCACCUCACAGAAUUCAACGCAAGCCUCUUGUACUGUUGGGACGACUAAACCUGAGGCCCAAGAUCUGUGUUCAGGAAUAUGUACGGUCCUGGCUGGU